AUGGAAUUUUUAGAAGAAAAGUUUGAAAAAGAAAUUAAUAAUAAAAGCAAUAAUGAAUAUUUAAAUGAAAUUAUUAAAUUAAUUUCGGGUGCAGUCAGUAAUGAAGAUAAAAAUAGCAACAUUGUGCAAUUAAAAGAAUUCAGUGAAAAGAGGGAGUCUGAAGAAUUUUUUAAAAAGUUAUUUGAAAUGAUAACUUUGGAAAAUGGGGAAUUAAAUGAAACAUACAACGAGAUAUCAUGGGAAUUGGUCCACUCAUUAGUGCAAUCUUUAAAUCAUUAUUCAAGUGAUUGGGACAUUAAAAACCACACAAAUAUAAAUUCAACAUGUAGAAAUAUCCUAAAUAUCAUUGAUUGGAUAUCAAGUAAUUCAAGUGCCAGAGAAUUUUUAUUAAUUAUUCAAGAAUUCGAUGGUUCAUCAUUUAUAACAUUAACGACAUUCACAAAAAUAUCAAUGAUCAUAUUCACAAAGAAUGCAUUAAAAAGAAUUCCAACAGAGAAGAGAUUCAACUUUUUAAAAUCAAUUUUACCACCCUUUUUAAGACUUUUAAUUGAAGAUAAAAAAGAAGUUGAUGAAAACAAUAGCACCCCACAUGAACAUCGCCAAGGUGAGUUUGGUGAAGAUGAUCAAGAUGAAGAGGAAGAUGAUCAAGAUGAAGAGGAAGAUGAUAGUGAUGAUGAUGAUGGUGAUGAUGCUGAAUCAUCAAAGAGCAACAAUCAUAAUAAAAUAAAAAAGAAAAAAAAAUCAAUUAAAAUUUUAGGUCCAGAUUUAGAACAAGAAUUACAACAACAAAAUACUGAAAACGAUUUAAAGUGGCAGUAUCCUUUGUCAUGUAUCUUAGAUUUCGUCUAUACAUUCUCGUUGGAUCUUAAGGCUCAAGAUGUUUCAAAUGAUGAUCCAAACUCUGGAAUUACAACACCAAGAGCCAUAAACAGAGAGAGCAAACAAGAGAAACCAAACACUCCAAUUGCCCAACAACAGCAUUUAUUCCUCAAUUUCCUCGUUACAAUCCUCUCUUUAGAAUCAACUUUAAAUCCACCCCAAUCACUUCUUUGCAACGGUGUUCCAUUACUAGGUGUUAUUGGUGAAUGUCUCUCAUUGAUAGGUGCAUCAACAACUUAUAUUUUAGGUACUGACCAAAGAUUCAGAUUAAAAAAUAGAGAAAUUGAACUAGAGGAUAUGUAUUUAGAUGAGGGUUUGGAUGAAGAUGAUUUCCAAAAUGACAUUGACUUAAAUUUAAAUGACCCAAACAUUUCAAAAAAAAACAAAAAAAAAAACAGCAAAAACAAUGGUAAUGACGAUGAAGAACAAUUUAAUGAUUCAGAUUUUUAUUCAAGUGAUGAAGAGGAUAGUGACAGCGAAAACAACAACGAUGAUGAUGAAAAGGGUAUUGAAAUUGAUGAGGAAGAUGAAUACAGUUCAAUUGAAAAGCUAUUUGACUUGGAUUUGCCAUAUGCUGGUAUUGGUCAUUUACUUUAUUUACUUGUAUUAAAACCAACAGAGCAAUAUAGAUUACCAUCACUUCAAUCACCACAAUCAAUUUUAAUGGACAAUCUACCAUAUUUAAUCAAUUUACUACAACAUAAAUCAUACAAGAUCGGUUUUAAAACUAUUCAAAUCAUUUCAUUCCUUCAAAAGAGAAUUAAAGAGGGUACUAUCAAAGUUCACGAAGAGUUUUUAAAGAAUCCAUAUAUUGAAGAUUCCAUUCAAGACCUCUUAUCAAAGGCAUUAUCAUCAAAUAAAGGUGAAAUUGAUCACAAGCAAAUCCAGGAAGCUUUUUCACAAGAUAAGGAAAAGAAGCAUAGAAAUCGUUGGAUCAAUGAUCAAACCACAUCAUCUAUUGAAAAACCAUAUCAUUUCUUACAGUUAAUAGAAUGCAUUAUCAAUUUCCUUGUCAAAUGUCCAGUGCAACAAAUGCGUAGCUUUAGCUACAAAGUAUUGGUAUUGUUAAUGAACACUCUAACACCCUCCACUAGAUUCUAUCUAUUAGCCAAUCUCAUUAGCACCUGUAUCUUCCCAUCAUUCACUGGUCUUUUAAUCCAUGUAUUCAAAGAAGAAAUCAACAAGGCUUGGUUAUCAACUGAUGUCGACUCUCGUGUAUAUUUCGUAUCACCCAAAAUAUUAGAGGUUGUAACUAUACCAAUCCAGACAGGUGGCAAUCUAAUGGAAAGAAUGGAUUCAAUUAUGAAUGGUUUGAACAUGUACAGAUAUCUAUUGUUAAGAGAUAAAGAUUCAAACCAUACCGGCAUAUGGAGUAAAAGUAAAAUUCAAGGUUCUCGUGAAUCCUGUUUUUACCCAUUAAGAAGAGAUCUCUUGGAAGUCCAAUCUCAAUUCAAAGCCUCCGCUGAAGGUGAUGAAAAGGCAAUGGAAAAAGUUUUAAAAGGUGUUUCUAAAAUGGGUGUAAAAGAUUUAUCAAAAGACGAAAUUAAAAAUGCUUGUACUUUGGUCACUUUUCAUAUUGAUAUGGCAAUCGAUGUUAUAAAUAGAAUUUUAGAACUUCAAGAUGAACUAUUAAAUAAAGAAUAA